AUGUCUAAAGUAUCAACUUCAACCUUCCCUGAAAUGCUAAGUAUUAAAGACAUCAAUCUGAAAAAUAACGCGCCUGGGGAAUAUAGAAGAGUUCAAUAUGUCAAAGCAGGGUAUGUAACCUUAAAUAUCAGCAAUAAUUGGCUCAAAAUUACCGAAGACCACGUAUUUGCAGAUUUAGUGUCGUUGAAUACAUUAGACCUUUCUAAAAUUCAACUGAAAACAUUUGACAAUAUUAACAAAUUUGGGCACACUUUACCAGAAGGUUUGUUUGACAAUACCAUCAACUUGAAUUAUUUGGACUCAAGCGGCAACAAAUUCGAGAAAAUGAUAGUUUUGAAAUACUUGGAUUUGUCACAGGACCGUUUAAAACAUGUUGAAAAAUUGUUGUCAGAGAAUAAAAAUCUGGAGAAGAUAUAUUUAGCUGAAAACGAAUUAAAAGACAUUAGUUCAUUGAGAUUAGAGAGUUACUUAAAAAAGUUACUCAAAAUACCAUUCAGAGGAAAUCAUCCAACACACUAA